AUCAUGAGCCGUAAGGGUGAGACAGCCAUUUUUUUUAGGAAGAAUUUCUAGUUUUUUCUUCACCCGUUUAGAAGAUCCGACCUUCUUGGUAUCUCAACCGAGAAAUUCGCAUUGCCCGAGUUUUCUCGCAAUCCUGCAAAAGAAUUCCGGCCGGCCACCAUCGAAGAUGAUCGUCUGCGUCGCCGUCGUCGGCCACCAGAACAACCCCCUUUACAUUCAAAGCUUCACGGAGGCCGAUGAUGCUCUCAAGCUCCACCACAUUGUACACUGCUCGCUGGAUGUCGUCGAUGAGCGAGUGAACAAUCCGAGAAAAUCUGGACCGACUCUGAACGAGACAUUUCUGGGUCUUCUUUAUCCAACCGAAAAUUACAAAGUGUAUGGCUAUUUGACUAACACCAAAGUGAAGUUUAUUAUGGUGACAACAGAUCUAGAUGUCAGAGAUGCCGAUGUGAGAAGUUUUUUCCGGAGAUUUCAUGCUGCAUAUGUAGAUGCAGUUUCAAACCCAUUUCAUGUGCCAGGUAAGAAAAUUACUUCCAAAACUUUUGCAGAAAGUGUUAGCACCAUUGUCAAGUCAUUUGGCUUCAGUUCAGCUAUUUGAGUGACAAACCAGGCGACCUUUGACGUAUAGAACUGAACUUCAAUACCGAAUCUGAAGCCAUUGACAGCCACGGUUUACUUUUCAGUUGUGUACUGUCAUCUUUCUUGUAUUCUUGAUAGUAUUUGAAUUUUUUUCCCUCCAUUGUAGUAAGAAAGGUGAAAGAAUUCAACUUUUUUUUUUUUUUUUUCCAUUGACAUUCACUAUUUCUAUUUUAUGCUCCUCUCACAUAACUGGAUUCUGUUUCGAGGUGAAAUGUUAUCUAUGAAUUGCAAGAUUGAAAAGUGAGGAUGAAGGGGUGGUUGGGGUUUUAAGAAUCUCAACUUUAGAGUUGGUUAGCCUAGAUUUAUAUAAUUUGUGUUCAAGUUCCAUGGGUUAUUGAGUUGUAUGAAUUUAGCUUUUA